AUGUGGCCUCUGACCCCUGCAGACACGACGCGGGAGGCUCUGGUAGAGGUGGGCGUGGCAGAGGUGCUGACGGCCCAGCUAAAACGGGCUACUGACGCAGAGAGAAGACACAUCAUACUGGAGGUUCUGGGAUCACUGGGAGAGAGUGACGUUCUGAAGCUGCAGUUUGUGGAGUCGGGGGUUCCUGAGGCUCUGUCCGAGAUGAUUCGGGGGCUACAGGGUGGCUCUGACCCCCAUGACCUCUGCAGCAUCAAGAUCGCCUCUAACCUCAUCGUUUCCCUCCUGCUGGGAGAUGAGUCCAUGCAGAAGUGUUUUGGCGAGGGCACGGGGGUGGUGUACCGGGAUGUACUCUCUUGGCUGCAGUCCUCCAACACUCAGCUGCAACUGUCUGGAGCCCUGGCCAUCGCCAACUUUGCCAGGAAUGACAGUAACUGUGUGAAGAUGUUGGAGUUAGGGGUGGUUCCUCAUAUCCUUACCCUACUGGAGCAGCAUGUGGACGAAGGCGACGUGUCCGUCCAGCAUGCCGGACUGAGUGCGCUCAGAAACCUGGCGAUCCCAGCCAGUAAUAAGGUGAGGAUGCUGGAGGACGGGGUGACAGAGAGAAUCAGGACCUUGCUGCGCUCUGACAUGCCCCCAGUGCAGUUCAAACUGCUGGGCACCCUGCGCAUGAUGGUGGAUGGACAAGAGGAGGCAGCUGCAUUGCUGGGUAAAGAUGAGGUUUUGUUGGCGAGGAUCAUUGAGUGGUGUGAGGCACGGGACCAUGCAGGGGUCAGGGGAGAGGCCAACCGCCUCCUGGCUGCCCUUAUUAGACACAGCCGUGCCCCGGAAGUCAUCAACGCUGUAACCAAAGCAGAUGGGGUGCGACACCUCAUCUCCAUGGCAACCAGUGAACACUUGAUCAUGCAGAAUGAAGCCCUGGUGGCCCUAGCGAUUGCAUCUGCCAUUGACAUCGGUGAGGGAUUCUACUAUCCUUUGAGAGCAAUCAGAGGGAAAGAUAAAUACAUCUUAAGCUAUCCUUAG